AUGACUGCUGCGGUGCCGCUACACGAUGUGGUGGUGAUCGGCGGCGGCCCGGCGGGGGCGGUGACCGCCCGCCAGUUGGCGCUCGCGGGGCUCGAUGUCACGGUGCUCGAGCGCCAGCGCAUGCCCCGAUUCCAGAUCGGCGAAUCACUGCUGCCGAGAUCCUUUGACCAACUAGCUGAGCUGGGCCUCGCAGAAGGGCUCGAACAGGUGCCUUCGGUGGUCAAACGCGGUGGCGAAUUCGUCAUGGGUCAUGGCUUGGAUCAGCCGUCGUGGGCGCGCUUUCGACAGGCUCUCGAGGGUACCGGCGAAGCGGCGAUCAACGUCGCCCGGGCGCCUUUUGACGAGUUUCUACUCCAAGCGGCACGGCAGGCGGGAGCCCAGGUCGAAGAGGGCUCGGCAGUUCGCAGUCUGGAACGUCUCGAAGAGGGCCGGGUCGAGCUCACCACAACCGCUCCGGAAGGCCAGCCGAGACAGCUGCGGGCGCGCUGGCUGAUCGAUGCCUCGGGUCAGGCCGCUGUCGUCGGGCGCCAUCUGGGAUCGCGGCAGGCUUUGCCUCGGCCGCGCCGGGUAGCCUACUUCGGGCAUUUUCGCGGAGUCCGGCGCCACUCUGGCGAAGAGGGUGGUUACGUCUCGAUCGUCAUCUGCAAAGAGGGCUGGUUCUGGCUCAUCCCGCUCGACGACGAGCACACUUCGAUCGGUCUGGUGAUCGAAGAGGCCGCCGCCAAGCGCAGCAAGGUAGCGGCACGGGAGAUGCUCGCCUGGGGUAUUGAACGCUGCCCGGUGGUCGCCGAACGAUGCCGCGAAGCGGCCUUCGUCGGGGCGGCGGGGGUGCGGGCCGAUUUCAGCUACACCUGCCGGCCGUUUGCCGGGCCGGGUUAUUUCUUGGUCGGCGACGCGGCGACUUUCGUCGACCCGAUCUUCUCGACCGGCGUCUGCUUGGGCAUGAUGUCCGGGGCCGAGGCUGCGGACCAUCUGGCGCGGAUCUUACGUGAUGGUGAGCCCGCCGGGCCCUUGCUGCGCAAGUACCGGCGGUUCGUCGACGGUAGCUCGGGGGUUUUCUUUCGGCUGGUGGAUCAGUUCUACGAUCCGGCUUUUCGCGACCUCUUCCUUAGCGAGGAAGGGCCGUUCGGAGUGCAUCGGGCGAUCAGCUCGGUGCUGGCCGGCGACAUCUACCCGCGGCCUCGCUGGGCGCUGCGCUGGCGUCUUGCAUUGAUGGAGGUCUUCAUCGCCUUGCAGCGGCGGAUCGCCCUGGUGCCGCGGCGCCGCGAGCACUCUUUGUUCGCGGGCGCGGCGGCCGACUCGCUGUCGGCCGCCGCACCGCGCAUGGACCAGCAGCCACCGCCGGUGGCUACUGUCUGA